GACGACGACGACUGGCCGAGGCUCUUGCACUUCAAUCCAGGCACCGACUUAGUGAUAGACACCGUCAAGGACAUUCGUUCAGAUCACCAUUCUCGCCAUAUAGACAUAGACGACCAUGUCGUUCCAAGACUCCCCCAACCUCGAAGCCCAACCCACUACAUGGCGCCGCUCAGACGACCCUGAAUACCAGGAUGACCCCGAAUUCAACAGCUUCACCACUGAUCUCUCCGACCGCUUGUUCUCCCUGACCGCCAACAUCUCCCGUCUCUCCAGUCAAGUCGCCCUGCUUGGUACCAAGCGCGAAACGGAUCGCGUUCGUGAAAGGGUCCAGGAUCUGCUGGAAGAGACAUCAGCCAGCUUCAAGGACAUUGGCGAUGGGUUGAAGAAGGUCCAGGCAUGGCACGACUUGGGCCCCGCGCAAAAGUACACCCAAGGGAAACUGAACCAGGAGUUCAAGGCGUCCCUUACCGAGUUUCAAUCUUUGCAACGAACCGCUCUGGAAAAGCAGCGCGCCUCGGCGACUGCCGCCCGUACCGCUCUCGAGGAGUCUGGCUCGCCGACAACCGAGCGCUCGCAACAGCAACUACAACAGCAGCAACAGGAGCAGUUGCGUCUGGCAGACCAGUCCGAAGUCGACUUCCAAGAAUCCUUGAUCGUCGAACGCGAGGCCGAGAUCCGCAACAUUGAGCAAUCCGUCGGCGAACUCAACGAGCUGUUCAGAGAUGUCGCACACAUGGUCCACGACCAAGGCGGUCAACUCGACAUUAUUAGCAAUAACGUCACCAGCACCAGAGACGAUACCCAGGGCGCUGACCGCGAGUUGCGCACUGCCAGCAGACACCAGAAGAACGCCAGAAACAAGAUGUGCUGCUUGUUGUUGAUUUUGGCCGUCAUUCUGACUGUCGUCAUUGUUGCUGCCGUUGCCGGCUAGACGUGUUGCUACACUUUAGAUGUGCUCCUUCUCCUUGUCUUCGAACCUCAUCAUCUUACCAUAUCGCCUUUUCUUUUGUAUACCCACCCAAUCUCUAUUAUACCCCUCCUCUUUCCUUGAAUUAUCCAGUCACCUUGUAUAUAAACAAACACUUGUAACACACAUUUUGUUCUGAACCCUUUCCCCAAUGAAUCACUCUCUUUCGCACGUAAAUCUGUUCCAUCCAAACAUAAACCACUUCUCAA